CCACUGCGGAAUGAGAGAAAUGCGCGUGUUAAUCGUCAUAUUCGCCGUUAUAUUUGUCUUGAAUGAGGCUGAAGCUUGGGGUUACAAGAAUGGAAUACUGCACAACUCUAUCUGGCUGGAGCAAGCAGCCGGAGUUUACCACCGUGAAUCUCGCAAAGGAAGAUAUCAGCUGACGUAUAGGGAAGCCAAGGCUGUGUGCAAAUUUGAGGGGGGCACUCUUGCGACAUAUAAUCAACUGGAAGCAGCUCGCCAGAUUGGGUUCCACGUGUGUGCAGCUGGAUGGUUUGACAAAGGACGUGUGGGCUAUCCGAUUGUUAAAGCUGGCACCAACUGUGGUUUCGGAAAGGUUGGAAUCGUUGAUUACGGAUACCGGCUCAACAAAAGUGAGAAGUGGGACGUCUACUGCUACAACCCUGAGGCAAAGGAGUGUGGAGGAGUGCACACAGAUCAGGAGAAGGUUUUAGAUUCUCCUGGUUAUCCAGAGGACUACCAGGACGAGCAGAUUUGCUACUGGCACAUUCGUGUGCGCUAUGGCCAACGAAUCCGCCUGCACUUCCUAGACUUUGAUCUUGAGGAGGACACAGCUUGCAUCAGUGAUUACCUGGAGAUCUAUGACAGCUAUGAUGAUGUUUCUGGCUUUGUUGGAAGAUACUGUGGGGAUGAACUUCCAGAGGACUUCAUAAGUACAGGAAACGUCAUGACUCUGAAGUUCCUCUCUGAUUCUUCGGUGACGGGUGGAGGUUUUCAGCUGCAGUACAUUGCUGUCAACUCCUCUCAGCUCUUUGAUAAACACACUGAUGCCUUCACUUGACCUAUGUUUAAUGCCCCAAACCCACUUCUUUAAUACACACAAACCCACAACUGUAAUUGUUGAUAUUUGUAUUUCUUUAAUCAAGGGUGCAAUAUUAAAGCUACAGAUAAUAACAAAUGUAAGUCUAUAGGCAUGUGAACUUAAAAAAAUAAAUAAACUCUCAUAAAACAAAGUUUUCACACUCUC